AUGAUGAUGAAGUCGAGUCGCAUUCCCGCUUCGUGCUUGGGAGCAACAUUCGAGCCAGCCGGUUUUCAGUGCGACGCCGGUUGCGUCAACGGUGGGGGUGAUUUGCACGGUCCCCGGAGGGCUGUACGUACCGCGAUUGUGCACGGCGUGCAUGGUGCUUGUUCGAAACGCGAGAACAACGGAACGGUCAGAAGGAGGAAUGUGAGACGUCGCGCGAAAACCGUCGAGGAUCGUGGAAUUCGUGUGAAGUAAUAGGUACGUACUCGAGUGUCGUGUAUCGCGUGUAAUUCGACGUUAGCGAAAUACGAGGGCACAGUGGGAUGCGAUUCGAAUGAUCGUGUCCGCAUCCCUACUUCGGCAUCUCGCGCGUGUUCGCAUUUUCGCGUCGCGAGAGCGUGUGUAAUUCUGCUUUGUCGUUCCCUUUCUCCGAAUAGUUAGAGUUAGCACGCGGUCACCUCGGUUCGCGUACCAAAGAGACUCUCUCGGCGCUCGCCGUGAAAAGAACGAGCCGAGGCGAAGGGAAAGAAAAACGAAAACGAGCCAAGAAUAAGAAGAAGAAGAAGAAGAAGAAAAGAGGAGAGGCCAAUGGAGCCGGUGGCACGUAUAUACGCAUCGUGAUCAAGUGGUGGUCGCGUUGCAUCGAGUGAGAUCUCGCGUAAAGGUGUUCCCGUGGGACGUCUCGUGGGUUACAUUGACCAAGUCAGUAUUCCGUCAUCUGUUACUAAAAGGAGAGAGAGAGAGGUCGUCGAUCCGUCUCCGUGUGGUAGUGCGUUUUGUACGAUCUCGCGCGCGCCAUGGGGUGUCGGUGUUGGUCCUUCACGAACGACGGGACCUGAAUGUGUGCAUAUUUCUCCUGGCUGACUGGCCUGCCUUCCGCCGUUAAGCUGCAUUCACAAACGGAGCCGAUUUUCGGGCAAGGAACCUCUCCCGGUCGUUCUUGCCGUGAUCGCGAAUCGAACCGGUUAAUGAGGACUUCCCGACCCCGAUCGUCCAAUCGGCUAACAGCGAGACUGGACGAGCAUAAUCGGAUGAAGCUGGGCCAAGCAUGCCCUCUAAGAAGCAAUACAAUCUCGUGCAUAAUGACGAGUACGACACGAGGAUACCGUUGCACAGCGAGGAGGCGUUCCACCGUGGAAUCGUCUUCCACGCCAAGUUCAUCGGUUCUAUGGAGGUUCCUCGACCGACCAGCCGAGUGGAGAUCGUGGCGGCGAUGCGAAGAAUCCGCUACGAGUUCAAGGCCAAAGGGAUCAAAAAGAAGAAAGUGACGCUGGAGGUAUCAGUGGACGGGCUCAAAGUCACUCUUCGGAAAAAGAAGAAGAAGCAGCAACAGUGGAUGGACGAGAAUAAGAUAUACCUGAUGCACCAUCCGAUAUACAGGAUAUUCUACGUCUCCCACGACAGCCACGACUUGAAGAUCUUCAGCUACAUCGCUCGCGAUGGCAGUAGCAACACUUUCAAGUGCAACGUCUUCAAAUCUAGCAAAAAGAGUCAAGCAAUGAGGGUGGUCAGGACGGUAGGACAGGCGUUCGAGGUGUGCCAUAAAUUAAGUAUAAACAACGCGACGGAGGACCGCGGCGACAAAGACAGGGAGAGAGACCACGGUGAGAAUCAUCGCGACGUUUACGAGGAUCAGGACGAAGCACCCAACGAGCAAUCCCAGCCAUCCCCGUCUUCCGUGCACAAAGAUAUAUCGCUUUUGGGAGACCCGGAGGAGUCGGUGCAGGAACAGACGACAGUUCCGUGUCUCCUGAGGUCGCACGAGGCCCCGGCGACCACAGCGUCUACCUCGCCCAUUAGACAAUCGCCAUCGGGCACGGUUACUUCCGAUUGCGGAGGAUUAUUGGUCGGUGGAGAGUUGACCGCUCUGAAGCAUGAGAUUCAAUUGCUUCGCGAGCGAUUAGAGCAACAGAGCCAACAGACCAGAGCAGCCGUCGCCCAUGCGCGACUUCUUCAGGAUCAGCUUGCGGCCGAGACGGCGGCUCGUGUUGAAGCUCAGGCCAGGACGCAUCAGUUGUUAAUGCAGAACAAGGAGCUGCUGGAGCACAUAGGUGCGCUCGUCGGGCAUCUCCGAGAACAGGAGAGGAUCUCGAGCGGGCACGUGAGCUCGCAGUCCCAAAUGCCUGGCUCGGCCACGAUGCAGCAAACCACUACGGUACCCGAUCUGUCGAACCUCGGCCAGUGCCAGCGAACAGGAGGACAGACUUCGCCGUGGGAACUGGACCCACCAUCCCCGUACUGCACUUAUCCGCCCGACUCUCUGUACCCUGGAAAUCUAAACACAAUGGGGAUCCAGGGAAACGGCAGCACAGCCGAUCAGUUGCAGUUUCAAACGCAACUCCUCGAGAGGCUGCAUAAUCUGAGCCCUUAUCAGCCGCAAAGAUCACCUUACAACACGCCCUCUCCAUACACGAUGGGCCCUAAUCUCCUUCUGCCUCCAAACAAUCGACCGGUAAAUUCAGCCCAGUUGUCUCCGAGUUCCCUGUCGUUAAGAAUUUCUCAGCCGAACAGCUUCUCAUCGUCGCCUAUAAUGACGCACAAGAUAGACAAUUACGCUGUGAGCCCAGAGGAGUCGAAAGUCACGUUUAUAAAACCUCUACCAUGUUCUGGCGAGAGGAACAUGAUUCAAGAGGCGAAGGGUAAGCAAGACCGAGGGAGUAUGCACGACGAGAUACCACCGAUCGUGCUGGACCCACCGCCUCAAGGCAAGCGUUCAGAGACAACGGCGAAGCAAGCUCAAACUAAAGAAGCCUCGAACGGGACGAGCAAAAGUCAGAAGAGUCUGGCGACGAUCCUAAGGACACCCGGGCCACCACCGUCUCGCACGACCAGCGCUCGUUUGCCUCCAAGGAACGACCUGAUGUCCGAAGUGCAGAGAACCACCUGGGCCAGACACACGACCAAGUGAAGAAGUCUAGUAUAAACGCGAACAUAUCAUCCAUUUGAGUAGAAUUAAGGCAGGGUAGUUCGAAGGAUUCUUGUUCGUUCGAAUAAGUCUUUACAAUUUCAAAUGUACGAAAAUUCUAUGAAGUAACUACGAGUAGGAAACGAAGAUGCAACGGGAGAAAGUGAUAAUUCUAAAUAGUCGUUUUUAAGCUUCCCUCGACUUGAAGAAUACACGCGAAUCGAUGAAAUCGUAAUAGCGCGUCUUCUAGUCUGGCGAAUCGGUGCCAAAAGUAGUAGAGCUUCUGAGAGAGUUUAUUUUCUAUAAACGAGCGCAGUUUACGAAGUGUGAGAAACGAGUGUAUAUAAGAUGUUGUUAAUUGUACAUAUUAUUGAACAUGAAUUAUUUUACACAAGGAACAGUGUGUAAGGAUACUGUUGAAUUCUUGUAAACUUUAUCCAAUAAAGUUCUUAGAAGGAUACAUGAAUAAA